AUGGAAAAGUCCGACGUGAUAUUCGAGCCUGCGAGUGCGACGUACCAAGUGGACUACAUCACGGAUGUAAAGCUCGAAUCAAAGCUGGGAUCAGAUAUCCCGCUCUACGAUAUGUAUUUCGAGAUGCAUGGAGAGAAAGAGAACAGGAAACUCGAGAGGAAGUGGGGGACUCAAUUCAACUCCGAAAAGGAGGACUACUGGCUCUUUUGCGUCCACUGUCAUGAUGCCGAGUGCGAGUUCAUCAUUGGCGGCAAAACCUUUGUUGUGACCACAUCCGCGCCCAGCCUCCGCAACUUCAGCGACGAAGAGGUCUAUAAGAUCGAUUACGGAAUGCCCCAUCCUUACCCCUACUACGUUGAGUUCGUCGCCAAUCUUCGCAAGACGUGGGACCGCUACGUGGCUAUUCGAUGUCCCAAAAUGAGCAAUCCGGCGAUCACUGUCAAGGCGACAGGCAAUUACGGGGCCCUUCAAUGGGUAGGCUUGUUUGUCAAGGCAGCUGUUGAUCAGAAGAACCAAUUCAUUACGGUCAAAACCUCCAAUCGACUUCUACCACAGUAUGCCGAGAGAAUCAAGGAUUACUCCUGGUUUUCAUGGGACGGGCCAGUCGACGUGACCGAUCGAACAAUCACACUCUUUCCUAAGCAGCUAUUUGGAACCAAAGGCAAUAGUCAGGAUUUAUACGAUGAAUAUGUUACGUCAAACCCCCAGAACACCGUCGGGGAAAAACACUUCGCCAUUGCUCGAAACUAUCGUAAACCUGCCUUUCCGUACCAAGGCAGUCAGCCGGGUUCGUCUGAUGAAGUCGCCAUCGGAAGCCAAGGACUGAAUCAUGGCUUCAAGGAUAGGAUUACCAAGGCGCAAUGCUUGAAAUAUGUGUGGAGUGUCGACCAAAGGACCGAAUUUGCCAUCUGGAGAGACCCAAGAGUUCCGCCUCCGUCAGGCGGGCUGGCAGGCCCAACCGCAGCCUGUUUAUUUGCAAUCGACUAUGCUACCGGAGUCGAAAUCAAACAACAGGAUGUUCACGGGCUCGAGAGUCUUUUGGUUAUCUUUGGGACCAUAGCAGAGGUAGUGGGCUAUGCUAUGACCGGCAAUAUUGCCAAGGGUUUCAUGGCUCUUUUGGAGAUGCCAGACAAAGCCAAAGAAAUAUCAACCAAGGCCAGCAUUCACGGUUUUGUCAAGGCAGUGUUGGAACUUGCCGAGACCACUGAGAAUGAACUUUCUAAGAAGGCAAAAGAGGUGAACAAGAAAUCCACGAAAGAAAUUGCCGACACGAAAGAUCCUCCAGCUUCUGAUUUUGGCUCUAACUAA